AUGGUAAAAAUAAGUUGUCUGGCGGGGAUAGGGCGUGUUCUUAUUGUUGUCAUAAACAUCAUAUUUCUGAUUCUUGGAUUGGUGUUUUUGGCUUUGGGAAUGAUAUUGAUAUUAGGAGAGAGUUUACUGAAACCUUACUAUUCGGGUGUUCUGAGUUUGUUGAAGAGUCAGUUGGAGAGUAGUAAUUUUGGCACCGUGGAUUUUUCUUCCUUCAAUCUCAGUGAUUUGAUUGGUGGACUGGCAUACUUUUUCGUUGGUCUAGGCCUUUUUCUGUUGAUUAUUACAAUUCUUGGAUGCUGUGGGGCCUGUUGUAAAGUGAAAUUUAUGUUGGUUACUUAUGCAAUCAUCGUCAUUGUUAUACUCGUCGGAGAACUUAUUUUCGUCGGAAUCCUCUACGGCUCUCCAAACACGAUAAAAAAUGAAAUAAAGAAUCCGUUGAAAACAUCCAUUCAGAGUGAUUACAUUGGAUUUAAUGGAACUAACCUCGUCAGUCUGGGUUGGAAUCUUGCACAUAGAGAGUUUAAAUGUUGUGGUGUGGACAGUUACAACGAUUUUACUGGAGGGGCAAAAUGGAACACAAAUUACGGAUCCGGUCUAAAAGCUCCAAUAACUUGUUGCAUAACAAUUCCGGACUCUUCCUCACCAACGUGUGCAACAACACCAACGGAUAUAUACACCAAGGGAUGUUUUGAUGAAGUAUACAACAGGCUGUUGGGGGAUGUCGCUUUAGUGGCUGGUUCACUUGCUGGAUGCGGUGCUUUCCAGCUUGUUCUAAUUAUCUUUGCUCUUGUCAUCUUUUGUGAUGGACGACAGUCAUCAAAAGUUGAUCCCACAGGAUGAUCUUUUAACAAUCCGUCAGCGCCAACACCGAAGGAAACGGGAGGUUACUCUUUGGAAAAUUCUGCUUCCGUCCAAAAUUGAAUACAAUAACCUUGUGAAUUAUCUU